AUGUUAACUAUGAAUGUUAUGAAAAAAAUAAGAAGAGAUAAAAAUAAUGUCUCUCAAGUUCGUUUUACUAUCAUACCUACAGAACUCCUUUUACAACAUACCCAAAGAUGGUCAAAAGAUGAAAAUAUUGAAGUGAUUGUAGCUGUGGAACAUGGUAAUCGAAGAUAUAAUACAAAUAAAAGAGUUCUUGAACCUAGUUUUAUUGAUUUAUCAAGAGGACUUGUAGCAUGGCCACAAUCAUUAGUUGAUCCAAUAACUUUUAUUACAACUAUCUAUAAAGACAAAAAAAAUAAUGAUUAUAUUGAUAAGAAGUGGUACAUUACAAUUUAUCAAGUUUUUGAAAAGAAAAAAAAGAAAACAUUAGCAGUAUGUCCAUUAAAUGUAAAAUAUUUUAUAAACUCAAAUUAUGAGGUAACAUUAAAAUUAAAAUCUGGAAAUAAUUAUAUUGAAGGAGGUCAAUUAAAAUUAAUAAUACGACGAGAAUUGUUAAAUGAAUUAUCUUUACAUGAUGAAAGUGAUCGUGGAAGUUUAUUGUCUUUCAAUUCUAGUGCACGUGUAAGUGAAGAUAGAGAAUUUGAAAAAAUUGAAAUAUCUAAUGAAAAAAGGAAAUAUGAUAAUGACUAUACAAAUAUUCUUCCAAAUAAAACAAUUGAUAUAGAAAUUAAAAAAAAAGAAACUAAUGAUGAUAAUACUACUAAAAAUAAUCUUAUAACUCCGUCAAUAACGGGUGAAAAUAUUGAUAAUAUAGAAAAACAAAAAUUAGAACAAAUUAUAAAUGAUGUUAAAUUUUUAAAUACUUAUAAAAUUAAUGGAAAUGAAAAUAAUACAAUUAAAAAUGAAGAAUUUACUAAAAAAUGUACUGUAGAUUAUCUUGAAAAUGAAUCUCUUUCUAAUUGGGCUAUUCGUGUAACGAAAGGAUAUAGAAGUAUUAGAAUUUCAGAUUUUUGUCGAUCAUGGAAAAAUGGACUUGCAUUAUGUGCUGUCAUACAUAGAUAUCGUCCAGAUCUUAUUCCUAAUUAUAAUUCAUUAUGUUUUACAAAUACUAUUGAUGGGAUGGCGAAAAAUUGUUCUGUAGCAUUUGAAGCAGGAAAAAAACUUGGAAUAACACCAACAAUGGAUGAACGGGAGUGGGCAACAUUACCAGAUCAAAGAUCUGUUAAAUUAUAUGUAGAAAAUUUAAGAAAAGCUUUACUUUUAGAUGCUGGACAGGUAGAAUCUUCUUCCAUAUUGUCUGAUAAAGACAAUAAAAAAAGAGAAAGUGAUCAUAGAAUAUCUAGCUAUCUUCAAUUAACAGAAACUGAAAAAAAUAUAACAGAAGAGUUUGCCAAAUUAAAACGAGAAAGAGAAGAGGCUGAUGCUGUAGAUUAUAGGAAUGUUCCUGAAAUUAGUGAAGAAGAUUUAAAUAAAAAAGUUAAAAAGAAAGAAAUUUUAGCAGAUGAAAUAAAGUUACAUAAAAUUAGUAAUAGUAAAACAGAUAUUAGAAGAGAAGAAGCCAAACAAUUAUUAGAAAAAGCAGCAAAAGAAGUUACUGAAGAUAUGGAUAGUGAAAGAAGAAGAAAAUUAACAGAGGAAGCUAAAAAAUUAAUAAAUGAUGCAUUGGAUGAUUCUUCAUCUCCUUCACCUGUAAAUGGUUCAGGAAAUUUAAAAAGAACAGCUAGUAUUAGAUCAACAAAUGGAAGUAUUGGAGGUGGUUCUACAUCUGAUUUAAGAAAUUUAUCUCUCGCUUCAAGAGAUUUCUCUUUUCGCAAGUUUAAAAAAAUCAAUCCUAGUCCUUCGUUAAGUAAAAAAACAAGAAUUGAAACACCAAUUAUUCCUGCCUGUUCACGUCCAUCUCGUAAAAUUUCUAAUCAAGGAAGUAUAGAGAAUUUGUCUAAAAGUGUAUAUAUGCCUUAUCCUCGUUCUCAAUCACAAUCACGUUACUCAUCUCAAACAUCAUUAACUGAUGGAGCAUCAGGUGAUCCUUUUGGUGUUUGGGAUAAAUUUGAUAAAUUUAAACGCUAUGGAAGUAUGAGAGGACAAGAAUUAGCUGGAAACAUAUCAGAAUAUUUGAAGAAAAAUAGUUUUACAAAUUUAACAAAUAUUCAACCGAUUGCACCAUCAAAUUUUUUUUCACAAUAUAAAUCGGGUAAUGAUAGUAUAAGACAAGCUUCGAAUACAGAUACACCUACUAGAAAAUUAGUAAAUAAAUGGGAAAAAGAUAUUCAUAACAUUGAAAAAAUUUCACAAGAACAACAUCGAAUACAGGAACGGCUAAAUGAAAUAGAAUACUUAGAAAAAGCUUUACGUAAAAAAAUGGUUAAUGUUUGUCCUGGAAGUUCAGAAGAAUCAACAUUAAUAACACAAAUAUUAGAAUUUACAACUGAAAAGGACAAAUUAGUACUUGAACAAGACUAUUUUAAUGCUUUAGAAAAUUUGCGUGAUGUUAGUAAUAAAAUAACAAAAACACAAAAUGAUCUCGUUCAAGUUUCUUCUGAAUAUGAAGACUAUAAACAGGAAAAAGAUAAACUUAAAAUGGAUUCAUUAAUGAAAGAGUUAAAAAAUUUAAUGGAUGAAAAAGAUGAAUUAACACAAAAUUUAAUAUUUAAAGAAGAUGAGGAGGAUGAAACUUUAGAAAGAAGCAGGCUUACUUUAGAACGUGGAUCAAAUUUCCGUAGAGGAAAUGAGCAGCCUAUAUCUGCCUCUAAAAGAAUAUUUAAUUGGAUUAAAUCAUAA